GAGCGAGCAAUCGUUCAAUAUCCUCAUUCCUCAGUAACAGGGACAAACAAGCGAGCUCACAUUUCCUCCGGGGGGAGUCAGUUGGGAAGAUGAAUUGUUAAAUUGCUGAUUUUUGCGAAGAAUCUCCUCGAUGGACUCCAAUGGCAAACCAGUAGUGCUAAUCACAGGCUGCAGUCAGGGAGGGAUUGGGCACGCCCUGGCCAAAGAAUUUGCUGCAAACGACUGCUUGGUUGUUGCUACGGGAAGGUCCUUGGUCUCCAUGCCGGACCUUCAGCAAGACUCCAGGUUCUUCCUGCAAGAACUCGAUGUUGUGUCAGCGGAGAGCGUGAACCGAGUUGUUUCAAAUGUUAUUGAAAAGUACGGAAGAGUUGAUGUGUUGGUUAACAACGCUGGAGUGCAAUGCGUUGCUCCUCUUGCUGAGAUUCCUCUAUCUGCGCUGGAGCGAACAUUCAAUACGAAUUUCUAUGGUCCCGUGCGUCUUGUCCAAGCCGUAGUUCCUCACAUGGCAUCUAGGAGAAAGGGGAAAAUUGUAAAUGUUGGAAGUGUUAUUGCCCUGGCUCCUACACCUUGGGCAGGUGCUUACAGCGCAUCCAAAGCUGCACUUCAUUCUCUAACGGACUCCUUAAGAUUGGAACUCAGGCCAUUCGGGAUCGAUGUUAUCAAUGUUGUUCCAGGAGCAAUAAGGUCAAAGAUCGGUAAUUCAGCUAUAGCCCUCUACAACCAGAUGCCUGAUUGGAAGCUUUACAAACCAUUUGAAGCCAAAAUAAGAGAGAGAGCAUAUCUUUCUCAAGGAUUGAAGUCCACUCCCUCAGAAGACUUUGCAAGCAAGACCGUAGCUGUGGUGCUGAAGAAGAACCCCCCAGCAUGGUUUUCCUAUGGCCAUCACUCAACUGCCAUGGCUAUCAUGUACCAUCUGCCACUUUUUAUCAGAGAUUUUAUCUAUAGGCGUGUAUUUAAAUUCUGACAUCUAGAUCAUUAUGAUGUUCAUAAGUGCUUCAAUCCUAUUUCUUUUUGUGUGUACUUAUAAUUUGCUAGAUUUGCACUCCUGUUUUUAGGCGUGCUCGUUAUAUUGAUAUCCUUUGUAUCAUGUUCGGAGAG